GUUACACCGGUAAUUUGGGACUGGUUCGUCGUGGAAAUGUUUGGGUUUUUGGAGGCCGGCCCAGCAUUUGGGGAAGUAGUGGCAGGCUAAGGCGAUAAAAGCUAAACCUAUGAGACUUCCGUCCCUGUUUCGCCUAUAUAUCAGAUGCUUUAAAAUUCCCUCCACAUCUCCUUCGAAUUUGGGGCUUUGUUUUUUUCAUUUGAAGUACUUCUAUUUUUCACUGCUAUAUCCUUAAUUCUGCGAAUCAAGGAUCUUGGGCUAAACAAUUCUCUAAUAAAUUCUCUUUCAUUUGUUCAAAUUGGGGCUUUUUUCCUUCUUCUGUUUGCUGGUACAAUUUCUUCACCAUGCAUAUACAAUUUUUAGCCCAAGAAUUAAUUGGAACGUUAAUCGAAGCAAUUAGGCCUAGAAUCCCUGUGUACCAAUUGAAUCAAAUAAAUCACCUUCGUUGGAUUCAUUUUGUUUGUUUUUCCCCGAUUGAAGCUGAGAACGUUGCAUUCUGGACUUGAACACUUCUCUAUAAAGGAUAAAAAGGUAAUGUUUUCUUUCUUUGAUUUGUGACUUCUUUUGCUGAUUGGUUUCCUUGGGUUACCUCUUCUGUUUGGCCUUCUUACUCGAAUUCCAGAUACAUCUGUUGAAUUAUUCUUAACCGAGAAGGAACAAUUAGGGCUAUGAAUUGACUUUUUCCUUCUUUUCUUCUGUUAUUAGUGAAACAAAAUUUAUUAUUUGAGUAAACCCAACAAAAAAAAAAAAAUUCCUUCUCUCUAGUUAGGUUUUAUGUAUUACUUUUUUCUCUCUCGUUAGGUUUAAUGUAUUUCUCUUUUUUCAUGUUUUUGUUGGUGGCGGUAUUUUUAGUUUGAUGAUGAAUACGCUAAGGAAGAAAAAGGAACCACCGCUUCUGUUUCACUGCUGGAGCUUGGAAGUUUGAUAAAGAAGACUUCUCUAAAACUUGAGAAUGAGAAGGCGAGGAACUGUUCCUUUGGACCUGAACGCUUUUCUAAAUCCCGUGGAAUGGUGAGAUCCAUGGAUUCCAUCUCCAGUGGAUUUAAGCUCAUUGUAGAAAUUGGCCGAAAGUUGAAAGUGGGUGUGAUCAGGUUACCUCCGAUACAAAGCUAUUCUGUCUGCAUUGGUGGAUACUUGUAUGGCCCUCCCAAGGUCCCUCUCGAGUCCCCUCCUCCAAAGUCCCUUCCCGAGGCCUCGAUUGGCCCCCCUAAAUUCGACAGACUGGAUUCAAUCCCCGGGGAAAGCACCGGAACCAUGGUUUUGGCCUUUAUUUUCGAGGGGGGAGUGAUCGUAGCUGCUGAGCAUCAACGUAGUUUAUUUAAAUGGUCUAUCCCAAAUGUUGUUGGACUCAAUUCUCAUGUGGUUGCCACUAUUUCUGGAGGAAGUGAAUUUUUGUUGAAAGAUCUGCAGAAGAAGUGCCGGCUACAUGAACCCGUGACGGGGAGAAGAACUUCUGUUGCAGAGGCAUCCGAGUGGCUGGGUGACACUCUGGCUUCUCAUGUAGAGAGGGGUUUGUCAGUGGGAGUAUUGAUUGCUGGGUGGGAGGAAACGGGUCCUAUCUUGUAUCAUGUAGACAGUGAAGAGAAAGUGCAGAAUUGUGAGGAGAUACGGGACUGUACCGGGAAGGUGCAUAAAGGUAGAAUAAUGGCCACUGGAGAUGGUGCUCAAUGUUGUCUGGGUCUCGGGGUGCCAGACGAUAUGUGCGUAGAUAAAGCUGCUUUUUAUGGAAAACAGAUGAUUUGUGCUGCUUCUUGGGCUUUAGUGAAUGGCACUCAGAGUGAGGCAACUCCGGAAUACUGUGACGUGGUCAGUGUUUACCACAUAGGGAGCACUGGGUGGAAGAAGCACAUGUCUGCUCAUGAUAUAGAAGACCAUCAAAAGAUGCACAUAAGAACGCACCCUGAUUACAUAUGGAAGGAGUGAUAUUGCAGCUUCUUCUUCACGUCUCUUUUCCUUGUACCAAACAAUGGUGGUAUAUAUGUGCCUUUGUCCAUCCAUCUCAGGGCUGUAUGCCCGGAUUGUAUAAGAGGAUUUCUGAUUAGCAACUAUGUACUUUGUUUUGAGGAUUUCCUGUGUGAAAGUGUGACAGCAUUGCGUCAUUUUCUUGGCGUAAUAGUGUGGUGUGUAUAAAACGUACUUGAUUUGGGGGUUUAUAUCCUUGGUUUUCCAAUUCUGUUCGUGGAUUAGGUUCUAAAUUGUGCAAGUUGUUUUCCCGUAACUAUUUUGGGCAUUGCACUUGGAUCGGUGCUUUUGAUUAUUUCAACUUUUCAAGUAGCCCUAUAAAAAAAAAUGUAUAGAGAUAGUGAAAUUCUUU